AUGAGUACAGAAGAAGCUUCAACAUCGGAAAUCAAAAAGAUGACAUUUGCAGAAAGACAAGCAGAACGUAUGAAAAGGCUACGUUCAUUACAUACUGCAAGAAACGAAGCAAGGACUCACAACCAUCAAGAAGUGGUUGCUGAAGAAGCUAGAAAUAAACUUCCACCUAAUUAUGAGGCUAAGAAACGUCAAGCCGAGUGGUUAUUGGAGGACCAAAAAAACAGAGAAGAAGCUACAACACAAGGUAAAGAUUAUGAUCGUGUAAAACUUCUAAAUAUAUCAGCAGUUGAAGCUGAACGAUUAGAACGUAAAAAGAAGAAAAAGAAUCCUGACCAAGGAUUUUCGACCUAUGAACAAGCUACAGUAAGACAGCAUAAUAGGCUAAUUAAAAGUAUGCCUAUCAUGGAUGUAGAGCAAUAUGAAAAGCAGAAACAAAAAUAUGGCGAUGCAUUUUAUGGUGGGCCCAAUGUGAUUAUACAUGGAAUGCAUGAAGAUAAAAAAGAUGCUAUUGAUAAAAUGGUCAAUGAUUUAGAGGGUCAGAUAGCUAAACGUGCUAAAUACUCAAGGAGGAGGACUCAUAAUGAUGAUGCCGACAUUGACUAUAUUAAUGAAAGAAAUGCCAAAUUUAAUAAGAAAUUAGAAAGAUUCUAUGGAGAGCACACAGCUGAAAUAAAACAAAAUUUAGAAAGAGGUACUGCUAUU